AUGGCUGAACGAAAUUUUUUUGAUUUUGCCAAACAUAUUCCCGUUGCUGGAUAUGCAUAUGGUGUGGUUCGUGGUGUUGCUUAUAGAUUAGCAGAUGAUCGAGAAGAAGCGAAGCAUUCCUUGGAAAUGGAUCUUGCUGAUUUAAAUCCAUUACGCAUGCCUCGAAACUUAGUUAACAGUUUAGUUAAUUCGACAUGUAAUUUGGAUAAAGGUAUUUGGAUUGGUAGACGAAGUCUCGGCAAUCAACCAUAUAGUUUGACAUUUUCACCUGGUAGUGAUGUAUAUCAUUGGUGUAUUCAAAUUGAUGGAAUUAUUUAUGAACUAGAUAAAUUAAAGAAUCAGAUCGUGAUUAAUAUUAUAUCAGAAGAGAACAAUCCAACAACGUAUCAAAGUUAUUGUAGACGAUUUUCAUGGACGAUGUUAACACGUGAACCAUCAUCGGUUAGUAAGAGUACAUUACAAGAUUAUGCAGAAUCAUUUAAACAAUAUAAUUAUCAACUCAUUUUAUCAUCAAAUAAUACAGUUAAUUGUCAAUUUUUCGUCAAAUACAUGUUUGCUAAAGCUACUAAUAUAUCAACGGAAAGAGCUGCAGGUAUUAUUUAUACCAUUAUUCCAAAUAUUCUUUUCUGA